UUUUGGGUGGGACCCUGCUCUUUCCCGUGACGCUAGUGUCCUUAGCGUGAGCAGAGACUUUUGAAAGGCUCCUCUGUACAAGAUGACCAUGUUCCUGAAUAGGAUGGUCGAAGUCGUCCACGCUAUCAACCGGCGAGAUUUCCGGCGGGGGGCGGAGAGCCUGGACAGCCUGACGAAGUGGCUCGAGGCGUCUGGCGACUGGCACCGGUUCUACAAGGAAUCGGAGGUACAGGGGACGCUCUCGUGUCUCCGGGCCUUCAUCCUGGUCAAGCAGGGGUGCUCGCGGCGCCUGGUCAGAGAGGACGGCUGGGAAGUUCUAUUGAGGCAAGCGCGAGACGAGCUGCAGAGGGCGGCAGAGUUGCAGAGUAGCGAGGAUCUGGAUCUCGAGAGCGGACGACGAGGCGAAAGGAGGUGGCAGUGGGAGAGAUUGGCGCAGCAGGCGCGACAGGAGAUGGACCGCACCGAGAAGGACGAUCCGCCGGCCGUGUGCGAUUGCAAGUUCCGCAAGGUGGUUUGCGACCUUCACAGCGGCGACAGGACGGGGAACUUGGCGAGGGAGCAUACGCGGUAUCACAAUCUCGUGGAGCUGGAGGGAUGGCAGUCGGCUGAGGCGCUGUUGACGGAGGAUAUUGCGACGGAUUUGGAACCGUACAGUUCCUGGGGCUAUACUUGAAAUUCCACAGACGGAUGGGUUGGACAUCUCGGAGUCACGCGGGUUACUUAAUCGUAUCAAACUGGAAUUAGUUUGUCAGAGGUCAAUCGGAAGAGCAUUCAAGGAG